GCCACAAGUAUGAUUUCUGCAUUGCAGUGCGCCAGUCCCAAUCAUAUAUACAAAAUGUGCGACUUCAGCAGUUAUGCACUUAUGCUGUGCACACGCUGUUCGAUGACGAAAAGGAGCAUGUCAUAAUUCAUGGGUUGGCUAGGCUGUGCACACCUAGAUCUUCAGGAUGGGAUUAGAUCUGACACUAAAAUGGACUGAUUGUAUAGUGUAUUUGGGCUUCGCCACCACUCAAACAAUCAGUCGAAAACUGUGUCGGAUCAUGCCGGAUGAACUCUGAUAGCUCCAUUGUUCUGUUUAGUGCCUACAGUGUUAAGAGGUCCAAAAUGCACCAGAUGUUUCCCAAAUAUCAAUAUUGAAGUGCAAAUUAUCCUAGCCGUUGGACAUUGGCUACUUGAGUCCUUAACUCCAAUUUGGCAAAAUUCCAACCUCUCAAUACAUUGAAAAAGUUGUUAGCACUUUUUAGUUUUUAGGUCACUUUUUCACCUACCAAAAAACACGGCAAUAUCCACGCCCCAUCUCACCUCCCUCAUUUACCCCCUAAAAUCUGCUUCACUUACCACUUUUUUCUGUCUCUCUCUCUCUCCAUUUCUCCGCAAAGUCCAAACACACCUUCAACUCCUCAAAUGGAUUCUUCCUUAGCCAUAUCCUCCACUUUCCUCCCUUUCCACAAAUCCAACAACAGCCUUCUACUUCCCUCAACUUCAUUUUCUCUCUCCUCAAAAACCCUCCUUAAACCCUCAUCCAAAAUCUCCAUUACUGCUAAUUAUACACCUAAUUACAAAAGUAAUCCCUCAAAUGGAUCAAAAAAUGAAAACCCAUUUGCUGCAACUCUCCAAACCGCUGCAAAAACGGUGGUUUUGACGGUUGCAGCCACCUUAAUGACCUCCAAACUCAAGGAAAUGCCGGCAAAGGCGGAACCUUUAACACCAAGUGUGGAAAAAAUUACUGUGGAAGAAGAGAAAGUUGAUAAUUUGAGUGAAAUUGAAAGUGGGUCUGAAAGAAACUCACCAUUGUCUCACUUAUUGGAAUCAAAUUCUGAGUUUGUGGACAGUUUGUGGAAGUUGUUGCAGCAAAAACUUGAAUUGGGAGAAGAUGAAGAAGCAUUGAAGGUUCUGGAAAAGUUGGUUGAAGCCCAACCUUUUGAAAUGGAGUGGAAAUUUCUGAGGGCGAGAUUGUUGAGUGAAAUGGGUAAAAUUCAGGAAUCUAGAGAGGCUUUUGAAGAUAUUUUAGCAUUGAAUCCUCUCUCUUUUGAGGCAUUGUUUGAGAAUGCUUUGCUUAUGGAUCGUUGCGGCGAAAAAGAUGGUGUGAUUGUGAGGUUAGAGGGGGCUUUGAGCAUUGCAAUGGAGGAGAGUAAGGCUAAGGAAGCUAGGGAUGUGCGGUUGAUCAUUGCUCAAAUUCAGUUCUUGCAGAAGAAUGUGGAAGAAGCAAUGAAUAGUUAUGAGGAGUUGAUUAAAGAGGAUCCUAAAGAUUUUAGGCCUUAUUUCUGUAAAGGGAUGAUUUAUAGUUUGCUUGAUCGAAAUGCCGAGGCUCGAGAACAGUUUGCUAAGUAUAGAGAGCUUUCUCCCAAGAAAUUUGAGGUAGAUGGGUACUUAAGAACUCCGCUUUCGAGGAUGAAGCUCUUUGGAACGGAUUCGCAGAGUUGAAUAUGUGAUGCAUUGUGAAUUGAGUUGAGGUUUUCUGUCUAAGAAUAAGCAAGGAAUGAGUUUGAUGGGAUGGAAGAAGCAAUGCUAUUGCUUCUAGUUUUGUCUGCUCUGGUGGUCUAGUAUGCUAAAGGUGAAGACAUCCUCUAAUUAGCUUUGAUGUUUGCAAGUUCCUAGGAUGAUACCCGUUUCCUAAUAUAUGGAAUGAAGGUGUAAGUCUCGCUCUUGUGAUGCUCAUCAAGUAAGGUGCAUCCACUACAAAGGACUUUACUAGUGAGUAAGGAUCUCUAGAUGGCCGCUGCAAUGCGUUUGUGUGCUCAGGAUUUGUGAACUUUUCUUUCUGGAAUCAAUUAAUAGGAAGGAAGUAGGUAAUUCGUUAGAUGAUAGCUGGUUGUAAACCCUUGGCCAAAAGGUGCGUUGCUAGCCAUGAGGUGGGCUUGAGCUUUGUCCAUGCUGUUGACUUAAGGUAUAACAUAAACUAAAAAGUAUUGAUUGUUCAUGUAAUAUUUGGGGAACAGUACUCGCCCACCUUAAUUUAUGUUGGUAAGUUUAUAGGUGCAGAUAUCAGCUAAUCUUAAUUGGUAAAAUGUCCAGUGAGUAUACCAAAAACCUCGUGUAUACGAUGUGGUCAUUGUUCCUUAUGAAACAAAAAGAAAGAAAAACCUUAUAGGGUUUCGUGUGUGAAGCCAUGGGCCCUCUGGCAUGGAACAACCGAUACUAGGCCAGGAUAGCCAUAGGCCCUCUGGCAUGGAAACUUGGCACGAGCUUAGACCGUGUGCUUGCACAACCCAGCUUGUGCCGAGCUGUGUUUCAAAAUUAGACACAAUUCAAGGUCGAUUACACUUGAUCACAAGCUAUAAGUUGAGAUGGCAAAUCGGUCGUUUAGAUCAUGCAAAUACAUCAUAUAUCCUUCUUUGGGCCUCUGUUCGUUUUCAGUUAUGCAGAUUGUUUCCUUGGAGGUCCAUCAUGUGAGGAAUAUUGGAAGUGCAAAGGUCAUGGGAUGUUGAUUCAACUUGUAUACUCAUCCUCUUUUCCAUAAUAGUCCAAUGUCUUCAUCCAGUUUCAUCAUUACUUUCUGAAAUUGGAGACUGUCAUCAUCUACCUUUCUAAAACCUAAGUCUCCAAAUUUCUUCGGAAGACAAAUAUGAUCCCACCAUAUGAGAUUAAGAGAACGAGAGGCAGAGUCUUUAUUCCAAAAAUAAAUCCGAUAUGUUUUAUCCAAGUUUUCAUGGAUAUGUUGACUUGCUCUAAGAUGGUGUAAGGUUUUUAUUUUUUUUACAAUGAAAAUAUGGUGUAAUGUACGAAGCGUGUCAAAUUUAUAUUGCUUCAUAAUUCCAUUCCUUGAUAAAUGUGUAUAUAAUCAUAUUGGUCUAUUCAAUAUAUAUAUAUCAAAGGAAGGAAGGAUGAGGAGCUAGCUCAUAUGGUAGAGCACUCCCCUUUGAUCCUUGAGGUUAGGGGUUCGAUCCUUACUCCCAGCAUUAUGUUGGGGUAUUUCCUUAGCAUGCUUUGCAUGCUUUACCAGCCAAUGUGUUGGUAGUUCCUACAAGGCUAGUAGUCUUGGUAGGGGUUAGCCCUUGGGCUAACUUAAU